CGAACCAGUCGCUGGAUGCGCUGAACGCACGGCGGGCGCGGUGCUGGGCGUGACGAUUCCUGACAAGAGCUCAAUCAAUACAUCACCGCUGCCCAACCCGUGGGCACGCCGGCCCAGCAGGGCUGCUGCUGCCCCUACCAGGCCGUCGGCACCGCCGGCAUAUGCGCGCCAGGGCCUGCACGCGUCGCUGAACGACCAGGUGUCCCGCAAUGCCGAGCGCUUGGCGCGGCUCAAUCUCUCGAGCCCAGGCAGUUCGGCUCAGCAGCAGGCGUCGCGCAACGUCAUGGCGCAGAACCCGCUGGGACUGUCGUCGUACCCGCCAUCGGACACGCUUGGGCUUUUCCCACCAGGGCUCCGCCUAGUACUGGCGGAAUCCAGCAGCAGCAGCAGCAGCCAGCCGCCACGGAUGAGCAGCAUGUACAUGACCAAUCCCAGUGCUUCUGCAUCUUCCUCUGCCACACCGGCACCCGUGCAGCAGGCAUCCGCCAAUGCAGCAGCCCCUGGACACACAAUCUCCGAGGCCGAGCGCGCGUCGCUGCGCCAGCGCUUCCAGAGCGAGCUGGACCAGCUCGAGGAGAUGGGGUUCCUGGACCAGGACAAGAACCUGAGGGCAUUGUCGGUCACCAACGGCGACCUGAGUCUUGCCCUGAAUCUUAUUGCCGAUAAUGACGAUUGACCAUUUUCCCUUUUGCAUUUUAACGCUCUCUUAGCCUUUCUCUAUGCUCUCCAAACGAGAUGAAUAUGCCUCC